CUAAAUGUGAAACUUGACGGGUUGAGAAAAAAACAUUGAAUCCAAUGCAUAGGAAUAACACUUCAACCCUGAUUGCGGCGAACCACAAAUUAUAGAGUCCUAAUUUUUAAUAUUGUAUUACGACCCUAAGUUCAACCAACCAAAUAUCAAUUAAUGUAGUGUUGCAUGAGAGUGGUGGAACCAUAUUGAUGGUAGAGAAGGAUAUAGCCCUCUUAACUCUCUAAAUAAUGUAAAAUGACAAGUAAAUUUCGUUAUAAUUUUGAGAAAUAUAAUAGUUUGUAGGCUUAAGUCCUCUCUCGCAAAUUCAAUUUCUCUAUAAGUAGAUUUUUAGCCCCUCAUUUAAAUUUCUAACUCCACCACUACUAUAAGUGAUUUUGAUUUUUCAUCAUACAAAAUUUCAUAGCAAAAGGAACUACAAAGAGAAGUGAUCUCAGAACGAACCAAACAACUCCCCACGUUGGGUCCAAACUCCAACGGGCAACGACCAACAAUUGAACUCGUUGAGACGGUAGCUCAAAUAGCUUACGGUGGACCCCAUCCCACCUGAUCACACCUUUCCCAUCUCACUAUCCAACGCUCUCCGGCGUCGGAGUAAAGGGGAUAAAGCAUAAAGGUCGGCCCAAAGGUCCAAAACAGAGAUAUAUAUAUACCAUUAAAGCUUUUGGCCCGCCGGAGCGAAGGACACGUGGCGCGGUCGUACAGUACAGUAGUUCUUACGAGCAGGCUAUUGAUUGAGUGGCCAACAACCGAAGCCACAUGAUCCAACACCAACACUGAGAUCACGAAGGGGAAGAUAUUUUCGGAUGUGGGUCCCACGACGGCUUCCCUCUCUGCUCCUGCAUUUCCACCCACAUGAAACUGUCACUCCAAUGCCUCCCUCUGCUUGGCGUCGACUUGAGGUUGUGGGCUGUGACGCGAGACGAUGUAAUUUGCCAUAUUGGAAGUAAACAAGAGUUAACGUUUGGAUCCAGCUAAAGCAAGUUGAUCCCUUUUCUGCCCUUUCCUUUCUCACCUUUGGCUCGUAUUGGAAAAGUAACGUGUUUACAGAGGAUGGCCUAACUCCUCGGUUUCGCCUAAUGUUCGAUAAGUGAAAUGAGUGGUGUCACGAAGCCUAACUUUUUGGCUUCAUUUAUCAUCUUCCUUCGCACACAUUUGGAUUCCGGCUUCAUGCUUUUUUCUAUCGGGAUAUGUUUCAACCUCACAUUCUUACGGUACAUGCAUAAUUGCAUAUACGAGACCUUUUGUAGUUUUGUCGGUAUGUUUAUCCCUUGGUAUGGUUUAGAUUGUAUUGAACGACAAUGAUAUCGAUGGGACUCUAUGUUAUUGUUAUUUCUAGUUUCCCUAAAACUCACCUUAUUUGCUUUAUUCCAUGAGUUAGGUUUGCUCACAUUCACUUAUUCAAGAGAUGAUGACAUGAUUAACCUAGUUACUAGUUGGUAAGAUCAUAUCAAUAAUUAAAAAUAACUAACUACAAGUUAUGACACCUGAGCUCGAACUGAUCUCGCAAGCUAAUUGAUUAGCCAAACUAGAGUCAAGCACAAGCCAAAAAUUUUCGUAAACAAGUUGAUCGUUUAUUAGCAAACCAAACUCAAAUUUAAUCAAAACUUCACUCAACUCAUCUCAUUUGCAGCCCUUCACUCCUACACACAAGCAGUGAAGGAUACAUGAAUUUGAAAACAUGAUUAUUCAACCUCCGAUAGUAGUUGUGUAUGUGCAAAAAAAAUGUUUAAGUGGUAGUGAGACACUCUUAGGAUUAUCCAACCUUCCGUAGUAGUUUGCGUACUGGUACAAAUUAAUAAUAUUUAAGUAGUAAUCUAUGUGAUUUAAACUUGGAACACUGCCACUAUUAGUAAACAUAUUUUCAAUUACACUACAACUCAUUUGCUAUUGUGUUUUAGAUCCAAAUAUAAUAGUAAAAUAUUAUUCUUAUCCCAAAUUAUUUUCAGAACCUAACGAUUAACCCAAUUAGGGGAUACCCUUGUUUAGUUGGAUAUGUCGAGAGAUAUUUGUUGAGCAGUAUAGACACCGAAUGUAUUUUACCAUUUUAGGAAGCACAUCUGAGUUUUUAAUAUAACUUUUAUUAGUCAGAUAUUUUCAUAUUUAAUAUUUAUUUAAUUCUAAUAUUUAAUUAAAAUGAAUUUUUGAGAGAGUACACCCUAAUGUAGAAUUUCUGGAACCCCACUACACCCAAAGGCUUGAUUGAACCACUUUCCUCGGAAGUCAGCUUCUCAAGGCCAAGGGGUCCCGAAGCCCAAAUGUCAACCUCGGUUUAUUCACUCCUUUCCUUUGGGCUUACUGCCUCGUAACCUUGUUUGGUUUAGAUUAGAUGCCGAGUAAGUUGAAAAAAAGUGUAAUUCUUGCUCCCAAUAUGAGAAGAGUUCACAAUCCGGGCCCGUUAAUUUGUUGUUUCUUUCUCCAAAUCCUGGGCCCAAUAACAACACCCACCCAAGAAUAGUAAACGCUCACUGUAUUUGACAAAGCCAAUCAGUGAGCAGAUAGUAGAGAAGGUCCAAGAAAGGUGCUCCGACGAUACGAAGAAGGCGACAAAGUCUAGAAGUUGGGAAAUAAGGUUCGAGCGUUGAAAACGCGUCAUCUCUUUUUCAUAGGCCAAAAGCCCAAAAGGGCACAUUGCCCUCUCGGGCUUCCUACGCACGUAAACCCCUCCACUCUUUCCCUUUUAAAUUUUAAUAUUUUAUUCAAUCACUGUAUUGCUUCUUGAAUCUUGACCACAGACUGAUGCAGCCGCAAGGAAGCCACGGCGACGACCUCGAAUUGACUUAUGGCAACCAUUCUCCUUAUAUAAACCGCCAUUACCAAAACCUUCACCCCACCAAGCUUCUCAUCCAAGCUCUAAACACCAAUCUCUCAAACUUCCCACAUCUCGCCCUACUCGAUUCCAUCCCUCCUCUGAAGCACACUCACUCACUCUGUUUUUCCCCCCUUCUCGUCCAAAGGCAAAAUGAAGGUUGUGGUUCUUAAGCUGGAUCUGCACGACGACAGAGACAAGCAGAGAGCGAUGAAGAAAGUCACAGGGAUCUCAGGGGUUGACUCGGUGUCGAUGGAUAUGAAAGACAUGAAGAUGACGGUGGUCGGAAACGUGGAUCCGGUGAAGAUAGCGAGCAAGCUCAGGAAAGUGUUCCCGACGGAGGUAGUCUCGGUGGGCCCACCGAAGCAGCCGGAGAAAGACACGCCUCCGGCCGCCGCCGCCGCUGCAGGGAAGAAAGAUGAAGGAAAAGACAAGAAGAACCCUUCUGCUCCUCCCGUCGUCCCCUAUUAUUACGCUCCUCAGCCUCAGGUCAACGGUGGUUACUAUUACCACAAUUACCCUUAUCAACAACAGAAGGGGUACAACAAUUACCCUUACCAAUACGGCGCCGCUCACGUUCCGGGGGAAGAUCCAAAUGCUUGCGUCAUCUGUUAGACGGAACUCAAUAAUGCACAAAUAAGAGUCUGAUCUGGGAAAGGGCUGCCAAGUUUGUGUAAAUAAUGGCGCGGCUAUUCAAGGGUGGAGGCUGUAACUAAACUUUAAAAAGUAGUUACACGAAAUUUUUGUAUUUGUUUCUUCUUUUUCUCGUUACCAAUGACGAGCCGCAGAUUUAUUUCUUGGAUUUAAAGAAUUUUUUGCAUUAUUAAGGAUUAUUUUGCAUAUUAUUAUUUUAUCUGUAUGUUUAGGUACAAUUUUCUGCGGUUUGCAUUCAUUUUCCGUUUCCCUUAUUGUUUAUGGUUUUCCCCCCUCCAGAUUCCACUCAAAGCACGACAGCCACUAAAUUAUCAUGAAAAUAUUGUAAGAGUAGAAUAUGAGUUGUCGACAUGAAGAUCGUAAGAAUAGAAUAAUCAAAGGUGGACAAAUCCGCAGUAGUCGGGAUGAGCUAUAACUAGUCAACUUCAACUACGUACUAAGCAAGGCAAGAGUUAAGAGACUACAAAGUCAUUUGAAGACCAAGUGAUGACCUGUGGCCAACCCGCACUAGUUACAAAGUGAGCCCGUCGGGUUGAAUCGGGUUGCACUUUUUCUUAAUUUAAUAUUGGACUAAUUAUUUUAAUGCUUUUUAAUUUAAAUGGAUUAGUCUCUUUCAUUUUAUGGGCUUGUCUUGAAGGUUCUGAUACCAAAAAAUGACAAAGGAAACAUCCUUUCAUCAAUUCAUUUUCUUUGCUUUCUUUUCUCUUCAUGAAAGGGUCCAAACAAAGAUGGUCCAAAAACAUCAAAGGAAACAUCCUUUCAAUGUUUACAAAAAAUCUUUCGCAAUUUCAUUUUCUUCUAUGAGUAUGAGUUCUAAAGUCAUUUUGUUGUACUUGGUUUUAUCUAUUUUCUAGUUUCUGCUUUAUUUUGUUUAGACUAGUUAUUAUAUCGGUGAUUAAUUCAGUUUUAGAUACGACUUCUUCCAAUGUUUCCGAAUUUCCGAUACACAUCUGUUCUUCUACAAUAUCUGAUACGAAGUGGGAUAAUUCUAAUGUAACCGUAUUAAUGUCGUUUACUGAUGUAAGGUCUAUUGCAUCUAUUCCUUCUAUCAAUUUAUUUAUGUAAUGAGUGUUAGGCAUCUUUUACAAUUUUUCACUCAUUUCUACGAUUAGUUCUUGUAGCUUUUUUAUUUCACUAGUAUUAUCAUUUUGAUGAAGUAUAGUUAUGUUUUUUAUUUCCUUGUUUUCUUCUUUCUCCUUUUCCUUCUGCUUAUCGGUUAGUCUCAUGGAAGAGACUCUCUCAUCUACACUUAUUCUUGGAUGUUCAUAAUUUGAUUUUAUUACUUUUAGAGGGGAUUCUAAUUGAAUUAAUGGUUUGAAUAAAUCUUCUAUGGUGAUGGCUUCCUUGUCCCUAAAUGCUAGACUAUGAUGACUAUUGGUUAGUGCAUAGUUUAUCUGGUAUGUUACUGAAAAAGGUUUACUAUUUUCUUUCAUGAAAUUUUUUCUUUUCAAUUCAUACUUUAUAAUAAUGGAAGAGUCGAGAUUCCCAUCUGUUAAACUAAUUUCUUGUUGUAAAUUAAUAUCGAAUUUGAUUAUUCCUACUCCUAGAUUUCCCUUUCCUUUUGCAAUAAUACUCUCUUCUCUAUUGAUGAGUCGAUCAUCUCUUAUUUCUAGUUCUAUAGGUGCACUUAUUCCUGUUUUCAUAGUAGAUUUUAGAAUGAUUUGUAUCGUGCUAAUGUGAAUAUAAGCUAUUUUACUUCUUUCUUCCUGUUGUAACUUGGAUAAUUUCUUCCUAAUUUGUUCUCUAUUUAUUAUUUGAAUUAGGAAAUCUCCCUUAGUUUGCUCUAUUGGUAUUGCCGUUUCUCCUAUCAUUUUUCCAUAUUUAAUUAUAUUUUUCCUAUCAGAUAGUUUGGAUAAAAAAGACUUAGUAAUAAAAUUUUGCGUUUAUG